GCCUCUCGGUUCCGCCUCCCCGUCGCCCGACGGCCGGCCGGGCCAUGUCCCGAGGCUGGGGCUCGGCGGCCCUGCCCUCCGCGCCGGGGUUCCGGAAGCCCGCCCCGCGGAGCCUCAGCUGCCUCUCAGACCUGGACGGCGGCGCCGCCCGGGAGCCGCAGCCCUGCAGGCCCCCCGGGAGCCCGGGCCGCGCGCCACCUCCACCGCCGGAGCCGUCAGGCUGCGACCCCGGCCUUCGGCCCAUCAUCCUGCGGCGGGCGCGCUCGCUGCCCAGCUCGCCCGAGCGCCGCCAGAAGGCCGGGGGCGCGCCCGGAGCCGCUUGCAGACCAGGCUGCAGCCGGCAGCUCCGCGUGCGCUUCGCGGACGCGCUGGGCCUGGAGCUGGCGCAGGUCAAGGUGUUCAACGCGGGCGACGACCCGUCGGUGCCGCUGCACGUGCUGUCGCGCCUCGCCAUCAACUCGGACCUGUGCUGCAGCAGCCAGGACCUGGAGUUCACCCUGCGGUGCCUGGUGCCCGACUUCCUGCCGCCCAUCGAGGCCGCAGACUUCGGCGAGCGCCUGGGUCAGCAGCUCGUCUGUUUGGAGCGCGUCACCUGCUCGGACCUGGGCAUCAGCGGCACGGUGCGCGUGCGCAACGUGGCCUUCGAGAAGCAGGUGGCGGUGCGCUACACCUUCUCAGACUGGCAGAGCGCGCAUGAGGCGGUGGCCCGGUGGCGCGGGGCUGCGGGCUCCGAGGGCACAGAGGACGUCUUCGCCUUCGGCUUCCCGGUGCCGCCCUUCCUGCUAGCGCUGGGCUCGCGCGUGCACUUUGCUCUGCGCUACCGAGUAGCGGGCGCCGAGUACUGGGACAACAACCAUGGCCGAGACUACAGCCUCACGUGCCGCAACCAUGCGCUGCACAUGCCUCGCGGGGAGUGCGAAGAGAGCUGGAUCCACUUCAUCUGA